AUGGAGAGUGUUGUGUUGGUGGCGAUGGCCUUUGACCGCUAUGUUGCCAUUUGUAAACCCCUUCAGUACACCAUGAUCCUCAGCAGCAAAAUCAUCAGCAUCAUUGCAGGCAUUGCUAUUCUGAGGAGCCUGUACAUGGUGGCCCCCCUGGUGUUUCUCCUUCUGAGGCUGCCCUUCUGUGGGCACCGCAUCAUCCCUCAUACCUACUGUGAACAUAUGGGCAUUGCUCGCCUGGCCUGUGCCAGCAUCAAAGUGAAUAUUAUGUUUGGCCUUGGCAACAUUUCUCUCCUAUUAUUGGAUGUGCUCCUGAUAAUUCUGUCCUAUGUCAGGAUCCUCUAUGCUGUCUUCUGCUUACCUUCCAGGGAGGCUCGACUCAAAGCUCUCAGCACUUGUGGCUCCCACAUUGGUGUGAUCUUAGCUUUUUUCACACCAGCAUUUUUCUCUUUCUUGACACACCGAUUUGGCCACCAUAUCCCCCAAUAUAUCCAUAUUUUCUUAGCCAACCUAUACGUGGUUGUUCCUCCAUCUCUCAAUCCUGUGAUCUAUGGGGUCAGGACCAAACAGAUUAGGGAGCGAGUCCUGAGGGUUUUCUUCAAGACAGAUAGCUAA